AUGGACACCUUGACAUGCAUCUCCUCCGAAAGCAAAGCCUUCCUCCCCCUCGUGGUGGUCACGAUUCUGACCAUGGGCCACGGCGUCCAGCCGAUGCCCGUGCCAACAGACAUCCCCAUGUGCACCGCCUCGGAACCAGCCCAGUACAGCCUGACCUUUUCCGGCAAGUGGACACGGGCGGCAUUUCCCAAACAGUAUCCGGUCUACCGCCCUCCUGCGCAAUGGUCUAACCUUGUCGGUGUGACCCACAGUUCCGAUUACCACAUGUGGCAGCGUAAUGGCUUUGCCAGCAAUGGAGUGAGGGAGUUCACGGAGAAAGGCGAAGCUUGGACGCUCAUGAAGGAAGUGGAGCAGGCCGGGGAACAGAUUCAGAGCGUUUAUGGCAUCUUCUCUGCUCCUGCGGUCGUGGGAGGCACAGGCCAGAGCAACACUGUGGUUGAGGUCUUUGCCAGACACUCCUAUCUGUCGUUUAUCGUGCGCCUCGUUCCGAGCCCCGACUGGUUCGUGGGAGUGGACAGCGUAGAUCUGUGUGAAGGCGACCAAUGGAAAGACAACGUGUCCCUGGAGCUCUUUCCUUAUGACGCCGGGACCGACAGCGGCUUCACGUUCUCAUCUCCCAACUUCGAGACCAUGCCACAAGAUAAAAUCACUCAGAUAACUUCAUCAUUCCCCAGCCAUCCUGCCAACUCCUUCUACUACCCCCGCUUAAAGCACCUCCCACCCAUCGCCAAGGUAACGCUAACCAAGAUAAAGAAGACAAAUCAGAUCAUUAGCCUUCUGGUGGAGCCCACCCAGUCCAACCUCCUGCCGACGGGGAAUGAGAUUGAGGACAACCUCAUAAAAACACCCCUGGACUGCGAGGUGUCGGCAUGGUCCCCCUGGGGUCUGUGCAAGGGCAAGUGCGGAGACACAGGCAUGCAGCACCGCACACGCUACGUCCUCAUGCAACACGCCAACAACGGCGCUCCCUGCCCCCUAUUGGAAGAAGAGCGGAAGUGCAUACCAGACAACUGCUUAUGA